UUGUCCAUAUUGUUUUUGGCGCUCCUGUAUUCAGAGCCGCAAUUCAUGGGAUUUCCAUCGACUCUAACAGAAGAGGAGGAGGCGCUAAAGAAAAAGUAUGUCUUGCUUAGGAAAAAGAAAAAAGCACUAGUACAGUUAAAGCAAAGUAAACGACAAGCCAAUUCUUCUACAACUGCCACACAACCUAAAAAGAAUCGAGUUAUUUUAGAACCUGUAACAGAAGAAGCUAAAGAAGCUGCCAAGGAAGCUGCAAAAAAAUUAGUCGCUGCGGGGGCGAUCAAAAUUGAUUCUGGCAGCAAAAAAGUUGGUUUUAAGCGAUCAAGAAAUCUUGAACACAAGCUAAAAGAUCCAGAGAAAUUAAGUUUUCAACCAUUCCAUCCAAGCAGUACACCAAGCGGUGAUGAGAGUACACCCUCUCCGAGUAGAACAUCGGUUAAACCUCUAUAUGAAAGUUUUGUGAGCACUGGUACAAGUGGUAGUGGUCACGGUUCACUGUCAUCAAGAGACACACGGCAAGGUAGCCACUUUGACGACAGGAGAGAAAGGAGAAAAGGAAACACCGUAUACGUGUCAGGUCAUGGCAUUACGGAAAGUGUGUGUCAAAAAGCAUUUACAACAAUUGGCAAGAUUGUCAAUAUAAAUAUGGAACAAGACAGGAAUUGUGGUUUUGUGACUUUUGAAAAAAUGGAGAUGGCCGACAAGGCGAUAGAAGAAAUUAAUGGCACGCUUGUUGAAGGCGUGCAUUUAAAAGUAUCAAUGGCACGACGGCAACCGAUGCUGGAGAGUGCUACCGAUAAUUCCCCAUGGAGUAGUGUCGCUGCUGGGAUUUCCAAAAAUGCACAUAAAGACCGACGACAAAUGGUGGUCUAUGAUGCAGACGAUUUAUUUAAAUAAAUAGUUAUUAUUUCAAUUCACA